CAAAAUGGCGUUGGAAGGGAAGGAAAGUUUUCCAAACCUUAAAAUUUGCAUAGAUAAUGACGAAUCUGAUGCAGAAAAUGACAAUAUAUCUCUGACUGAAGAUUCACAGAUUGAUAUAGAUGACACGGAGUCCGACAAACGAAUACUUAUUCCCGCAAAUGCUGAAACAUCUCCGCCAAGUUCUCCUUUCCAACAACAUGCGGUUGACAAAAAAGAUGAUGUUCAGUUUAAUGUGUAUUUGAACAAGUUAGAUCCUCCACAAACUGAAAAACCAACUAUUCGGCCAACAAGAGUGUAUGAAAAUAAAUCUGGUGAUUUUGUUACGGGAAUAGACUUCAGAGUGGAGAGCUCAGUUGAGCGCAUGCAAGAAAGGGCAAAAAGAUUUGGUAUAGAUUUCAUACCUGAACCAGCAGUUGAUUUGGAGACAUUAUAUGACAGUCUCGGACUGAAACCAGACGAUGUGAAGCUCAAGGAUGAGCGUGGUAUGCGACUUGAUGCCAUCCACAUUCGGGGUGUAACUGAGAUGAACACAAAGGAUGUAUUCAAAUACUUCCAGGAAUUUGCUCCUGGCGGUUGUGAAUGGAUUGAUGAUGAAUCUUGCAACGUUGUCUGGCUGGAUAAGAUGACGGCAGCACGAGCCAUGUUAAAGCUUAGUCGUAGUUACAAUGAUGUGAUGGCAGAGUAUGGGCUGAAGUUGACCAAACCAGCGCCCAGGAGACCAAGCCAGGAUAAGCCUUCUAAGGAAGGGGCAGGUGAUGCUGGUGGUGAUAAGGCUGGAGAAGAACGGGAGGAGGAGAAAAUGGAGGAGGAAGAAGAGGACUUAGAUUUAACAGAGGACAUCAGCCAGCCUGCACAAGAUAAACAGCCAGACAAGAUGGAGGACGAGGGUAUCGAGGAGGGUGAGAUAUCUGACAGCGACUCUGACAUGGGGGAGGAUGAUGCUAGACGACAGGAGUUCAACAAGAUAGCGUGGCCCCCAGGCAGAUGGAGGCUGGGCGUGCCGUUCCAACACAAGGCCAGGAACAUCUUCCUCAGAUUCGCUAAUAAAGCUGAUGUAAAAUUACCUGGUGCAGAGAAGAGAAGCAAGUUCUACCAGAAAUAUGGCAACCCAAACUAUGGAGGAGUGAAAGGUCUCCUGAGUAAAUCAAUGAAGAGGAGGAUGAGACAGCACGAGACUGGGAAUGACUUGGAAACAUUUGGUGUGCCGGCCGUGAGCUCAAGCAUUGGAAACCGGAACCAGAUAUCGUACGAGGAUGACCUGUUUUCAAGCAGUGUGGUGCCUGCGGAGGUUGAGGAGAUGGACAUCUAUAGCACUGCGGAGAAACAUGGCACAGACAAACGCAGAGCAAAGUUGAAGGACAAACCUGCUGGCGAUGAGAGUGAGGAAGGGGAGAUGGAGAGUGCGAGUGAAGAUGAUGCAGACUUUCCCAUCAUAGAGCGUGUAGACCCCACCCAUGGGGAGCAAGAGGGGUCAGGGAGUGAUGUGGAUGAGGCGGAGUUAAACAGACUCCUGGGCGUCAGGAAUAAGCGCCCCAGUAUGAAGAUGUACGCUGAUGAGGUGGAGGAAAAACAACAGGCAAACAGGACCAGACAGAUGGUUGGAGCUCUUUCCAUUGUUGCAGACGCAAAGAAGAAAGUAAAGAAAGUGAAUGAUGCCCGGCAGCUGAUUGUGGGUGCAGACCUACGAGAUGCUCUUAAGGAGAAGAAAAUGAAUAAACAAAAAGACAUUGACAUACAUAGAGACCCAUCGCCUGAUGACUGGAAAAUUGCUCGUAAAAUUGUUAAUGAUAGACUUUCUCCGGUUUCAUGGAGUAGGUCACGUUCCCGGUCUCAAUCUCCCGAAGUGGAGGGUGAUUUUGAAAACGAGAAUGUGAGGAAAUUCAAAAUUGCACCCAUGCAUAUGACUAUAGAGAAUGAUAUUGAGAACGAGAGUCCCUCUGAGGAGGAAGAAGAGGAGGAGGAGGAGGAGGAAGGGGAGAUUGAAAAAAUAGUGAGAAGAGAGUUCUCUCCUGCCUCUGAGUCUGAGCAGGAAGAUGCGAGGAGGAUUAUUAGCAAAAAGUCACGGGCAUUGACCCCUGAUGGACUAAAGUCCAAAAUGGAUGAAGUGCAUAGACAGAAAGAUGUGCGGUCAAGGUUGAGUGAUCGUGCUAAAGAAGAUUUAAGUAAGAGACUGUCAAGACGAUCUCCUAAUAAUGUUAGGUCAAGACUGAGUAAACGGGUAUCUCCGGAACGUCGAAGUCCUGUUAGAAUUGAUGAAAGACGUUUUAAUAGAGUAAGGAGGUCUCGCUCUUUAGAUAAUUUCAGGUCAGGUAGAAUGAGGAAAUCGCCCUCACCAAGGAGUAGAAGGCGAGAAUUCGACAGGACUAGAUCACCGAUCAGAUCUCCAAUAAAGAGAAGGUUCAGGGAUGAGAGAUCGCCAGUGCAAAGACGAUUAAAUGUUGCCAGGUCAAGAUCUAGGUCACCUUUACGAAGGAGACCCAUGCGAUCAAGAUCUCGCUCACCAUUAAUGAGGCGUCGGUCACCAGUGCAAAGACCACCACUGAAUAGAACAAGGAAAGGGCGUGAUGCCAGGUCUAGACUUGGUAGAAAAUCUCGGUCUCCAACAGACACUGAACAGUCGGAUUCAGAAGAGGAACAAGCCCCUGCACCGAAGGCAAAACAGGCAGCGAUGGAGGAGGAGGAGGACAGUUCAUCAUCUAGUAGUUCAUCAUCCAGUUCAGAUUCCAGCUCAUCAAGCUCCAGCAGUGAUUCAUCAUCCUCAUCCUCAGAAUCAUCAUCAUCAGAGAGUAGCAGCAGUAGCAGCAGCAGCGACAGUGAUGCCUCAGAGCGGUCAGCUAUCCGAAAUAAAAAGGUUCAGAGGAAGAUUGUUCCUCCUCCUUCAAGGUCGGACACUGGGGUGUCUAAAAGAUCAGGCAAAAAUCAAAGGCCUAGAUCUAGAGACAAGGAAAUGGCACGUCAAAAAAACAGGGGGUUAGAUUCAGGGAGACCGAGAGACUCAAGGAGGGAUUUACGCUCAGCAGGGGAUUACAGACGGGAGGGUCGACAAGCAGGGGGUAGAAGAGAGAGGGAGAGGAGUUGAUUAUUGCUGAAACUUGGUUAUUGUACUUUAUGUACUGGCUAGUUGUAGUUGUUUAUCCAGCUGUGCUGUGCUUUUAUUUAUAGCUGACUAUUGGAAUGCACACUUUGUAUAUGACUACGACAACUUAAGAAUAAUUUACAGCGGUAAAUCUGAAUGUUAAUUUGACACUUUAGAGGUCACUUCAUUUCAUGCAAUUGUACAAUUGUAAUUGAUAAUAUUUUAAAUUAUUUGUAGAAAGAUUGGAGUCAUUCAAGUUCAUAACCAUCAAAUGGGUAAUAAAGUCUUAUUCCACA